UGGUUUCUUUAUUAUGCGUUCCUUUUGGCGUAACUUUUUUAAGAUUCUUUUUUGUGGACCAUAAGUUUCCGAGUGAAUUUACUUUAUUUUCACUGAAUCUAGCACUUAUUGGGUUAUUCGGCUACUUGCAGUACGAUCGACACUUUCAGCUGAGAGGCUCCAGUGAAUACCUGUGGAUCGUCCUAUUUUAUAGUUCUACUUGCCUCCUAAUAGUACUUGGAUGGCGAAAAAACUUUUUUAACCAAGAAUUAUUAUUGCUCCACGUAUACUAUAAUAAUGUAGUCUCUACCUUAUUCUUUGUUUUAUUCAUGGUUACAACUGGAGAAUUUGAGGAGCUUAUACGAAAAGUGGGCACUAUAAAGCGGAAUAUUUUUCAUAAAGACUUGAUAAUUGCUCUGCUGUUGUCUCUAUACGGAAGAGUUGGGACGGAGUUGCUAAUUUUUUAUUAUCGCAAAUUUCUUUCUGCGGCAGCUUAUAUAAUUAUCGAGCCUUUAAGUAUAGGAGUAGCAGUCGCCCUAAAUUGGUUAAUCUUUAACGAACGGCAAACACAUGGUUCCUUGUUCUGGUUGGUCGUUUGCAUAGGGGGGCAUAUUUUAUAUACGGCCGUAUACAAAGAUAAGGCUGCUGUACACACUAAAUAGGAAAGAGAAUAAAAGGAAAUUUAUAUAAAGUAGAAUUCAUUUGAAAGAGUUC